AUGGAGGCGACAUUCUCCAAAACCAAUGAGGUUCCCAUGACUCAGAAUGAACAAUCUUUGUAUAUUCCUACUCAUGAAUACACGUCUGGAGCGCCUUCCCAACCUCAAGUGGCGAUGGCACCGGCUAUGCCAUUCUACGAGGACGACCCUGCUCGAUUCGACGCCAUGGCUCCAGAGUCGCAUGACUUUGAGAUCGGCGAAUUCGCAAGCGCAGAGUUCUUCAACUCCGUGAGCAUGAGUGAUUUCAUUGACAGAGCAAAACCGAUCGAAUGGAGCUACGAAAUGCGCAGAGUGGCACAGCUGAUUCUACCUUUCCUAUAUUUGGGACCAUCAUCCUCUCUGAAAGACCGUGACUUUCUCAGAACGGAAAGCAUUACGCUACUAUUAGCGAUUCGCAGCAGACAGUCAGCACAGGCGCGAUUGGUCUCUGGAGAGAAGGUCGCCGCUGAACUGGGAAUCGAAGCAGAUGCGAUCGAUGUGAUGGACAACCAAGAACUCAUUGCGGCUUUUCCUCGAGCCAUCCGUCGCAUAAAUGAUCACAUUGCAUUCUCUCCACACAGGAAGGUUCUGGUCUUCUGCGAGUCUGGCAAUGAGCGUUCCGCUAGUGUUGUGAUAGCGUAUUUGAUGGUGAUGUUGAACCUGGAUACGGUCAACGCCCUUUACACUGUUCAACAUCGACGAUUCUGUGUCUGCAUUGAAGAGCCUAUGCGGAUUCUCCUGGCGUCUUUUGAAUCGAUCCUCGAUGCGAAGCGGGAUGUUGCAAAGGCAAAGCGUAUGGUGUCAUCCUCCAACGGGAUGAAUCCUCAAGUACAAGCUUCCAAGAAGAGAAGCCUGAGUCAACAAAACGAGACAGACGAUCAAGGACAGGGAGAUACAGACAUGGAUAUGGAUACGGAUCGUUUUUAUGAUAGGAAUCCCUCGGCCCCUUUCCAAGACCGCUGA